AUGUUUAGGAAGACUUAUGUUAUUCCAACAUAUAACAAAGCUCUAGUAGCUAAGGAUCUGCCAAAAGAGGAGCAGAAGUGUAAAGAGCUUGAAAAACAACUUAUAAAAACUAAAGAGUGGCUUGAUAUGACUCUAAAUGCAGUAAAACUUGAAAACCAGUUUGCUUGUGCAAAUCAAGAUCGAGAAAACCUUACAUCUCAGAUUAUUCAAUCACAGAUUUCCUGUAAGUUAGCAUUAGUCCAAAAAGAUGCAUUUUUGAUUCAAGAAAAUUCAUCAAAAAAAGAUUCUAAGAUUAUGUCUCUUAAAGCUGAACUAGAGCAUAUAAAGAGUAAAUUGGCUUCAAAGAUUAAUAAGCUUAAAUUAUUAAAAUCAGAUAUUACAUCAGCAGAGUUAGCAUGGCCAAGAUUUGCAAUUAUUAGAGAUAUGAAUGAAGCUAAUAAGCAUAUUACAUCUUGUUGUCAAACUCAUCCUGCUAGUCCUACAUGGCUCUUCAAAAUAAUAGUUAGCAAAAGAAGCAGAUCAGGUAAGACUAAUUUAGUUGCAAAUCUUGUUUUAAGUAAUAAAGGUAAAUGCAUAUAUAAAGAGAAAAAAAGUGGAAGAAGAUAUAUUUCUUGUGAUGAUUUAAUUGUAUGUAAAUAUCAUCCUAAUGUGGCAAAAUAG